CUGACAGCCGCACACUCUGCUUCAAAGCGAUGUGUCGCCUCUCUGCAUUAGACCACCAGCAGCCAUAACUGCCGACCCCCCUCCCAACACCCAGCCUGCUCCUGUCUGCAACACCAGGGUCCUGUCAGGCUGCUGCUGCCACUGUUACAGCUUGGAGACUGCCUGGCUUUAUUCUCUGCUUCCCCCUCCGACUCUCUGGGCAGCUGGACUUUCUCACUUAGUUUGGACUUCUCUGGACUUCCCUGCUGCAUUCCUCCUCUUCUGCUCCAAGCACUUUGGGAAUUUGUUGUUUUUUUCCUCCAAACUUGCCCUCCUACUUCUCCUCCCUGCGUCUUCUUGCUGCAGAGUCGCUGCUCCCAGGACAGGAACUUUGUAUAUUGUGCAGCUCCAAGGCUGUGGCGAAUGGUGGGAAUCUCAAGCACCUUCCAGUAUCGCACUGAGAAGCGUUGCACAAUGCCAGACUCACCUGCGGAUGUAAAGACACAGUCCAGGCUAACGCCUCCAACCAUGCCGCCUCCGCCUACGACGCAAGGAGGACCGAGGACCAGCUCAUUUACCCCCACAACAUUAACAAACGGCACAAGUCACUCUCCAACAGCACUGAAUGGAGCUCCCUCACCUCCGAACGGCUUUAGCAAUGGACCUUCAUCCUCUUCGUCAUCGUCGCUGGCCAAUCAGCAGUUGCCUCCGGCUUGUGGCGCACGGCAGCUCAGUAAGCUCAAGCGAUUCCUCACUACAUUGCAGCAGUUUGGCAAUGACAUCUCCCCGGAAAUAGGAGAAAGAGUGAGAACACUUGUGCUUGGACUGGUGAAUUCUACAUUGACAAUUGAAGAAUUUCAUUCCAAACUGCAAGAAGCGACUAACUUCCCACUGCGACCCUUUGUCAUCCCAUUUUUGAAGGCCAAUCUGCCCCUGCUACAGCGGGAGCUUCUGCACUGCGCACGGCUGGCCAAGCAGAACCCAGCCCAGUACCUCGCUCAGCAUGAGCAACUGCUUCUGGAUGCCAGCACCACCUCACCUGUUGACUCCUCAGAGUUGCUUCUCGAUGUGAAUGAAAACGGGAAGAGGAGAACUCCAGAUAGAACCAAAGAAAAUGGCUUUGACAGAGAGCCUUUGCACUCAGAACAUCCAAGCAAGCGGCCGUGCACUAUAAGCCCAGGUCAGCGGUACAGUCCAAAUAACGGUUUAUCCUUCCAACCCAAUGGACUGCCCCAUCCGACCCCACCACCACCUCAGCAUUAUCGUUUGGAUGAUAUGGCCAUUGCCCAUCACUACAGGGACUCGUACAGACAUCCCAACCACAGGGACCUCAGGGACAGGAACAGACCUAUGGGGUUGCACGGAACACGCCAAGAAGAAAUGAUAGACCACAGACUGACAGACAGAGAAUGGGCAGAAGAAUGGAAACACCUUGAUCAUCUGUUAAACUGCAUAAUGGAUAUGGUAGAAAAAACAAGAAGAUCCCUCACUGUGCUACGGCGUUGCCAGGAGGCCGACCGAGAGGAACUGAAUUACUGGAUCAGGCGGUACAGUGAUGCAGAGGAUUUAAAAAAAGGCAGCAGCAGCAGCCAUUCCAGACAGCAGAGUCCUGUGAAUCCAGAGCCUGUUCCCUUAGAAUCACAUCGGGAAUUCCUUCACAGGCCCGCUUCUGGAUAUGUGCCAGAGGAGAUCUGGAAGAAAGCUGAGGAGGCAGUCAAUGAAGUUAAACGUCAGGCAAUGGCGGAGCUGCAGAAAGCCGUGUCUGAAGCAGAGAGGAAAGCACAUGAAAUGAUAACUACAGAAAGGGCAAAGAUGGAAAGAACAGUUGCAGAAGCCAAACGCCAGGCAGCGGAAGAUGCACUCUCUGUUAUCAAUCAGCAGGAAGACUCAAACGAGAGCUGCUGGAACUGUGGUCGUAAGGCGAGCGAAACCUGCAGCGGCUGUAACACUGCGCGGUACUGUGGGUCAUUUUGUCAGCACAAAGACUGGGAAAAACAUCACCAUAUUUGUGGACAGACUCUUCAAGCGCAACAACAAGGGGAGACACCAGCAGUCAGCUCUUCUGUCACCCCCAGCAGUGGAGCAGGAAGUCCCAUCGAUACACCACCAGCAGCAACACCAAGAUCCACCACUCCUGGAACCCCUUCCACCAUAGAGACAGCUGCCCGUUAAACUCUAUUUAAAAAAAAUAAACUGAAAUGUUCUAAAACAUUAAAGACACAGUGAAAAGAAUUCCUCAUUUUCAGAUGUUCAAAGAUUUAAAAAUGUACUGUCACAAAAGUCAAUACUACAAUAACAAUGAACUUCUUUUAUGUCGAAGUAGUAAAUACAGAAGGGCCAGUAACGGGUCACAAGGACUUCUUACGGAAAACAAAGAUAUCUUUUCUUUAGAAAGAGAGCAAAGAAAUAUAACUCAAACAAAAUGCUAGAUUUGACCUCUUCCCUGGUAUUUUUCAGUAGCUGGGAUUUUAAACUAGAUGACCUCAUUAAAAUACGCUUUACCAAACAGCAAACCAAGAGAUUGCUAAUUGCUGUUGAAAGCAAAGGGGGGGAAAAUACAAAAAAAAAAAAAAAAAAAAUGAAAACUCAAAUUACAUUGUUCUUUAUAAAAAUGAUGGCAAAUUGAGUGGAACCCCUCAAGGGCCGUAGCAUUGGAUAGAGCAGUCAGCAUUUAACAAGGAGAUGAAUGGCGUCCAUGGGUAACUGACUGAACUUUGAAGACCCGCUACAAAAACUCGCAGAUGUGCAGCAGAUUGGAAGGACUCACAGAUGUUCAUCUUUUUUUUUUGUAAACAUGUUUCUGAAAAAAAAAAAAAUUAAUAACGUCCAGGUCAACAGAA